AUGAGAAAAAGUAGAGGAGGAGGAGUUGAGGGAGGGGAGAUGGAAGAGUCUAGAAAAAGUAGAGACGGGAUUGAGAAUAAGAUUGACUUUUUUGUAGAGUGUGAGGUGAGGCUUGAUUAUCCAAAUGGGGCAUCAUGGGAAGUUAAACCAAGGCUUGAUGAAGAGGCGCGUCAUGGUGGUCGUCUGCUCAUGACACAAGGGUGGUUAGGAUGUUGGGAAGCAACGGACACAAUGGUUUUCGAGCUUGUCAAUGCAAGGACGGAUCUAUGUAUUGGUUAA